ACUCCGCCAGUUUCAACCAACACAAACCAAUCAUUUUCUUUUGGCUAAGAUUCACACUCCCGUAGCCAGAAAAGCAAGUAGAGUAGUACACAAACUAGUGCUAGAGUGCUACACCAUUUGAAUUUUGAACCCAAACAAAUGGCCAACACCCAACUCUCCCACCACAAUUUCCGUCCAAUCCCCGCCGUGCAUGUCACCUCCCACCGACUGAGCCCCACCAAACCCACCACCACCAGGCUUCCCCUCCAAUAUUUCAAAAACAAAAGCUCGACUCUUAAACUUAAAGCUGACCAAAAACACAUCAAGUGGGCCAUUGGGCUAAGCCUUGUGGACCAAAGCCCGCCAAAAUCAACGGUCGACGUGGAACGGUUAGUGAGUUUUUUGUACGAUGAUCUUCCACAUCUCUUUGAUGAUCAGGGUAUUGAUCGGACGGCGUACGAUGAGGUUGUGAAAUUCAGGGACCCAAUCACCAAGCAUGACACUAUAAGUGGGUACUUGUUUAACAUAACUCUCUUGAAGACACUAUUCAGGCCUGAGUUCCAGUUGCACUGGGUCAAACAGACAGGACCUUAUGAAAUUACUACAAGGUGGACUAUGAUCAUGAAGUUUAUCCUUCUGCCAUGGAACCCAGAAUUGGUCUUUACAGGAACCUCUAUCAUGGGCAUCAACCCAGAGACUGGAAAGUUUUGCAGCCAUGUGGAUUUUUGGGAUUCCAUAAAGAAAAAUGACUACUUUUCUCUAGAAGGUUUGUUGGAUGUUUUAAAGCAGCUGCGGAUAUACAAGACUCCAGACUUGGAAUCACCCAAGUAUCAGAUACUGAAAAGAACUGCUAACUACGAGGUGAGAAAGUACACACCAUUUCUAGUGGUAGAAGCAAAUGGAGACAAAUUAGCUGGGUCAACUGGCUUUAAUGAUGUUACUGGGUACAUAUUUGGUAAGAAUUCCAGAUCAGAGAAGAUACCAAUGACUACUCCUGUUUUCACACAGGCAUUUGAUGCUGAACUUUCCAAAGUAUCCAUCCAAGUUGUUCUUCCAUUGGAGAAAGAUAUAAGCAGUUUACCAGAUCCUAAUCAAGAAACAACUAGCUUGAGAAAGGUGGAAGGAGGUAUUGCUGCAGUUUUGAAGUUCAGUGGAAGAGCUACAGAAGAUAUUGUUCGAGAGAAAGAAAAAGCACUUCGCUCUUCUCUUAUAAAUGAUGGCCUCAAACCUAAGACAGGUUGUUUGUUUGCACGAUACAAUGAUCCAGGCCGAACACGGAGCUUUGUAAUGGUAUGAUAUGAGAAAUGAGGUGCUAAUAUGGCUUGAGGAGUUCUCUUUGGAUUAGUGCGUUAAACGUGGCCACCCCUUUGACCUGCACUUCAGGUUGAUCAUUCUUGCGCAUGAAUUUAUCUGGGUGAAUUGUAAUGAACGAAACAAUUUAGGCUUAGCUUAACAUUAUAGUUACCCUUUGGUGAAUAGACAUUGAUCAUCCAGGAUAUAGUAAAGAAAUGUAAUCAGCAACCACAGUGUUUUGAAUCUUAUCUUUGGGUACAUUAUGAUCCCAGUUUUCCAUUUACUAUCUGAUGAAAUAGUCACUGUUGUAAUUCCCUCUAA